AUGAUCAGCGAUGAAGAAUUCAGAAGGCUUAUCGGAGUAGGUACAACCUCAUCUUCCAAGCCAACCUCAUCAUCAUCAACAACAAGUACAACGGUUUCCUUUCCCAAAACUUCAUCAUCAAGCCAACCACCCACUCAAGACUCAUUACUAACUGCCUUGUUGAAUGAAGAGGAGCCGGCUGAAAUUCCUCGUUACGAUCUUCGUCCAGCACCUCCAUCAUCAUCAGUAUCAACCCCUAGUACUUCAAACCAUAAUGAUGUUCUUGAUUUGUCUCAAAUUGAUACUUCGGUAUUGAGAGAGGCUUUUGAUGAUUUGACUCAGCUAGAUGAUGAAGUAUUGAUAUCCUCUCCAGCACUAUCAACACCAAAGAGAAAUAAUAGAUCCAUACUACUACCACCAACACCUCCACAAUUCGCUACACCUACAACAAGUGUCGUCACGAAUAGGGCAAAUGAAAAUAUUAAUUCUUUGAAAAAUGACAGCCUGAAAUUAUUUAAUGAAUCAUCAGCAAGGGAAGAUCAAGUCACUGUUACAUCCGAGGAAGAAGAAAAAAGUGAUGAUGAUAUUACAACGGAAAUUAAAACUCCUCCAAGAACAGCACGAAGGAAGAAACAAACAACUCCGAGCAAAACACGAUCAACACCAAGAAAAAAGAAAGACACUAGCAACGACAAUCAAGAUGAAGACUACACAAACGAUGCAAUCACGCCAAAGAAGAGAAAAACUCCAACAAAGUCAAAAAGUACAACUCCGAAAAAGAAAAAGGUUGGAGGAUGGGUUAUGGAUGCAGACGAGGAAAAGGAUUGGGAUGAAAAAUCUAAGAAAGCCAUUGAGGAAAUGAGGAAACGUUUUGCAACCGUUGAUCGAGUAGAGUUAAAGACAUCGAGCCCUUUGGCAGAUCAGGAAGAAAUUCACUUGACUGAGCUCAUUCAAUAA